AUGUCGUCUCCAUUUCACUUGGCGCUGCCUCCAAUGGCACCCGCAGUGCCUCUUGCCGGUGUGCCGGGUCCAAAGCUGCAACCUUUCACACCUACGGGCCAAGCCAACAUAGAGUUCAUCGAGUUCGUCAGCAUCGACGGUCAUAGCCCAUAUGCCCUCAAGAUGUUCCUGUUCCGUACGUGGGAGACACUGUCCGAAACCAGUGGCAAAUAUGCUGCUAGCCUUGCAAAGCCCGAGUUUUAUGUGGAUUACUUAACACCCUUCAGCUGCGAAUGCCAGGCGUACGGCAGGUCGAAGCAAGAAGGCCGGGAGGAUCUUGUAGUGAAGAGCCACGGAUAUCUUCUACUGACACGCGAACAGGAAAUUGAGGUCACGGAGGCCAUGGGAGUGGAUGGCGAACAGCUGGAUGAGCCUGACAGUUACUUGGAACGGCAAAAAAAAUUUGGUUCUGAGCAACACAGGAGUCAUCCGAUCUACGCCAUCGUCAAAGAUUUUGUUCCCCCAGGGGUCAAGCACUUCACCCAGUCGCAAGUAUCACACUUGUGGAGCGACGUGGAAGCGCUUCACAGAAUUGGAAUUCUCGUCAGGGACCUGUACGUUCGCAACUACAUGGAUGGGAAGCUGGUGGACUUCAGCCGAGCAUGGACGAUGUACCAUCCCUGCCUCGACAUAAACCCCGGCACACUUAACUUGGAGGAUGCUCGAGAGCUAUUAGAAGUCAUCUCCUCUUGGCUGGAAAACACACCUCUCGACUCGCCGGUCGAGAUUCCACCGGUUUUGAAGCGCUGUGCGGGAUGGUACGGCGGUGACGGCGAAAUUGUGGCCGAUCCCAGCAAAUACGACUGA